CUUCAUCCGCCCUAUUUGAGAGUUGCAUAAAUAUUACUGAGAUUACAUUACUGCAGAAAUUCUGAGUCAGAAUGAAUAACGGAGCAGGUUCUCUGAAAGUGGUUUGUGUUUGGAUGGCGGUUCUGUUGCAAAGCUUGGACGCACAGAAUCAUGUGCCGAAAACACAGAAAACACUUGCAGCUGGUUUAUCUUGCCAGCUGAGACAGCUGACGAUCCUCAUCAAAGGUCAACUUGAAGAAAGCCUGGAAAUGUUUGAUGAAGCCAAUGGUAAGCACCUUGGCAAGUGGCUCCCAGGCUUUCCUGAACUACAGGUCGAUCACGACACUCCUCUCCUCCCUUCAAAUGUCCAGUGCAGCCUCCUCUUCAUGGAACAAGGCCUGAAGGAAGUCCUGGAAGACCAGUGGAGCAACCUGAACCCCACGGAUGAUUCACUUUUGAAGACACUCCAGGACACCAUCGUCUACAUCCACAUGCUCAAUAAGUGUGUGAAGCACAUGCUCGGAGGCGACUGCUCCUCGAAGCCGCUGCCGCCCAAAAUACCCACGUAUGUGUUUGAGAGGAAGCAGUGGAGCCACACUUUGUUGAAGACAUCCAAGGGCUACAUGAAUUGGCUGGAGCAUCGCUUAAGUGCUUAUAUUUUGAAGGUUACAGUUAAAAAUAACCUAAAAUGGAAAUUGAAUGAUGUAUUGCUUCAGAAAUAUGUGAAAAAGUGUGAACAUCUUGUUUAAAGUUCCUCAGUUUGAGACGCAGACCUGCAGCUUUUCUUCCCCUUGACAUGUUUUUUUUUUUUAUUUUAUUUUAUUUGUCAAGAAUACAGCCUGUUCACACCCAACUAGGACAUUGAUUACAUUCUGAGAGAUAAUAAUUGUGUAACUCUGAGUUCCUUCCAGUUCACCAAACAGGUUCAGUACUUCCCCCAUGACUGGAGCACAGACACAGUCAGUGACUACAGCUUGCAGGCUUUUCAGCCAAUCAUUCUACAAGGUCCAAAUGAAAUGAUUUGUCAUGUUUAUCCCCGUAUUGCCAGGGCUUAUUUUUUUUAUCUUUUACAUGGAGACAAUUUCAACAAAUGAAUGGUUUCAGGAACAAAUUAAAGACUUAAGGUGAAAAAAGUUGCUCAGUGUUCCUUUAAUGUUGCUUAUAAAAUCCCCUUUACUAGCUACUGUUGUUUGAUUUAUAUGGAAGAGGGUUAGGGCCACAUUUUCCACAUUCAUGUUCGCGUUGGCAUUUCUUUAUUUCCAGUAUGGAAACUAAACCUUGUUGCUGAUAAGUGUAAACUCAUAUUUCUUUUAACAUUUUUGCAGACACAAAAGAGGCAUAACUUCUAUAAUCACAUUUUUGACAAGGAAGUUAAUAUUCUUAUUUCCCAAAUUACAAAGAAGGUGUACUGGACCUCAACUUCGCUCAUUUAAACUUGAUAUAUUGCAACAAUCGACACGAUCCCCAUGUGACGGUAAUUAAUCAUGUUGCCAAAUGAGAAGGGGCUCGUAUAGCUUUUCUAAUUACGACGGUUUGUUUUCUCAGCCUUCACAAUGAUUAAUUGUUUUGCUCUGGCCAUCGUAUCCCCUGUGAGCGAGCUCCACUGCCUGAGGUAGAGAAACAAGAUGAUAAGAAUCACCUUCAGAGAGCCUCCAGUCUGGACUCCAAUCAGUGUGUCCAGCAGCAAAAUACGAGGACAGAUGGACUGAGCACAGCGUGGCAGAUAACUUUGUCACCGUCUCAUCAGAGCAACAGCACUGUAACAGAGAUUAAUGUGGACCCCGUCCUCCUCAAAUGAAAUGAUCAAUUAAUAUCCUAUUUCAAGUUCCACUGUUUUGUUGCACUGUAUGAAUUAUUAGAGGUUUAUAUAUAUACAAGCUUUUUUUCUUUUUUCCUUUUUUCUACUAUUACCAACAUUAUAAUGAAUGUUUAAACCUGUGCAGAAUCAAAGAUAUUAUGAAUAUCACCAGUAAUGAAAACAAUGACUGAAACCGAUUUUGUUUCACAGUUACUUUUAUUAAAUAAUUGUUUCAUAUGCAUGCACUAUA